UUAGAGAUGAUAACUCGGAAAAAAAUUGUGGGUACAACAACAACGUAUUUUAAAGUCUAUAAAUUAAUCAGCUAGGCCUGGGAGACGAGCAUUUCAAAAAAAAAAACUGUAUAAGAGGUGAUUUUCUUUUAUUCUGGAUAAGCAUUUCAAUCAGCAUCAACAAAAACUCAGUUCUCUGGUAGUUAUUGGGAGACUUAACAUAUCCAAAGACCAUGUGUACUCAUGUAUUUGCUUAAAAGCAUUUCUCUGAUGCGAUGCACCUUGAUGUGUAACUUUUGUCACAAGAUCUCAUUUUCCACCCUCUUCUUCGGUUCUGAACGAUUUUUGCGAAAUUAUUUAUACCCGAGAAGAGCUUGAACAAGUAAUAAGAAUAUCCUCGGGUAAAAACAUCAAUUAAUAAAAACAAACAAACAAGAAAACAAACGAAAUCAAGUAAUUAUAUGAUUGUACGAUUUCUUUUCCAGGUUCAGAGUUUCCACUUUGUGCCCCCAAUGAUACCGUAAUUUGCAUGUUCCCCGCAUACAGUAAGUGUUGAUUUAUUACGUUGUAUGCCGUUUCUAGGGGCCAAACCAUACUAGGCAACCAGAAUGGCAAUCAGACCGCUGGUUGGUGACGUUCAAAGGCUGCUCUGCCGGUCGCUGAAUGAGUAAAAGAUUCGGUUUAUCAGUCACCAAGCAGCAAAUAUAUCAGUUAUUAUUUCUUUCUUCGUCAGCCUAUUCGGCCGUUCGAUCAUCAGCCUGACAGGCAGGCAGCCAGCAGUUGUCAGUUGGUCAGUCAGUCUGUCAGUCAGUCAGUCAGUCAGUCAGACAGUCACUCAAUUGUUCAGUUAAUCAGUCAGUGUUUCACUAAGUCCACCAGCCAGCCAGCCAGUAUGUCAGACAGUCAUUCAUUCGGCUAGUCUGUCUGUUAGUCUCCAUACACCAUCAAAAGAAUGAAGAGUUCUUUUCCGAGUUUAUGGUUUUCAACUUUGUGUCCUGUUACUUUAUUUUUCGGUAUUUUAGAAACCUUUGCUACAUCUGAAGAAAAGGACGAGUGCGAGGAGAACUGCACACAGCCGUGUGAACACACCGAGUUUGAAACCUCUUUGUCAUACGCUGGACUACUAAGGAAUGUUUUCAUCGAUAAGCUUAACUCCUCUGCGAAUGUAACUAAGGAUUUUCCUUUCUACGAACGUUUUCUGAACAUGUCAGGUCCAGAAAAGGUGGAGUACAUAGAUAACAACAUCAUUUCUUUGGACAUAUAUUUCCAAGAUAUGAGCUACGAUGUCAUUGAACAAACUCCAGUUUUUGAAUCUUGGACUUUAAUAGCAAACUUGGGCGGAAACUUUGGUCUGUUUCUCGGAAUGAGCAUCCUCACUAUUAUUGAAUUCGUCGAAUUUGCCUUUAGAAGAAUUUGUUUCUUAAUCUGCAAACAGUAAAACACAUGAAGAGAGAUUGACACAUUUUACAAAAAAUUAUAGGAACUUAGAAUGUAAACUACCGUAAAUGCAUUUAAUGUGUCAACCCAGUUAAGUAUUACUGCACGUCGUACCAAAAAAAUUGCAAAAUCUCCAAUUAAUCAAUCAAUCAAUAAACUUUAUUUAAGUGUCUAAAACUUCUAGUCAGCCCGGAGGCCGACUAAUUGGGGACACUCCCAAUAAAAUUACUAAAUAAAUUAAGUUAAGUUGAGCACGUGAGUGCAAGGUGUAAUGGCUUAGGGCGCCUGAAGAUAAUGAGUCCUACUUUCUUGUUAACCAUAUUCUGGUAUCGCAGGAAGGGUUGUAAAAGAGGGAUGAGUAUUUCUUGUGAAAUUAUUUGGUAACAGUAUUUGAGGUUUCCGUAGUAUAGCUACAGCUGUGCGCAUAAAUUAGUGAUAAAUGGCCAUUUUUGGAGGGGGUCCCCCUAACUUGAAGGGAAUAAAAUAAACCUAAUUUUUUGCCAUAGUCAUUAACUCACCAAACCCAACAUUUGUGCCAAGUUUGUGCGAAAUUGGUGAUUUGGGCUGUAUCACCUCCUGCCUGGUUUUCUCGUGAACACCUUAAGACAUUAAGAUGGAGAUGGUGCUGUUUCUGCCGCCGCCAAACUUCCCAAAUCAGUAAAGCACAGCUUAAUAAGGAAGUUGCACUUCAUUGAGUCCUUACAUUUUGUUCUCAAACUCAUUAAUGAUAUGAUGCAUAAAGUUUAAACAAAGCAAAUCAUCGCCGUGACGGUUUUUGGAUAUCCGAUCUUAAUUAGCAUAGAUGUUUACAAUUUUAUUUCUCCGUUUUUCUCUUAAGUUUUAGUUUUAAUAGAG